AUGCAUCCUUCUGCGCCCAGUGGCGCGAUGAAUGUUUCUGGCGGACUAAGUCCCCGCGACUGGGGAUCAGUCCUUCAUGGUGGGUCUGUGGUGGUCAGCAGCACGGGCAUCAACUCCGUCAUCAACACACGCCAUGCCGCAGGCGGGUCUAUGGUCUCUUCCAGCUCCUGCAGUUCCUACCCGACUGGGGCGUUGCAAACUCCCGAGCUUCUGGACAGCACCCGCGAUUUGAUCGUCUUCAGCGAUGCCAUCACGCGUCAUUUCCACGUGGUCAUGAGCUGCCUCGCGCAGAACGACCAGGAUUUGCGAACUGGUGCCGACAUGGUUCACGUCCUGGUUGUUGGCUUAGUCGGUGCAGCACAGGUGGUGGCCUCGAAUCUCUCUUCAACCGCCUGCAAUGCUCUGGAUAAGCUUCCAACGCUUCUUUGGGCGGUUCGAGGCCACGAAAGUGCAGAUUUGGGUCCCUGCAUUUUGGAGCUCCACGAGAGCCUGGCCAGUCUCCGUAAGGAGGCACAGGGAGUACGAACUGACUACAUCGAUCUGCUGAAGCAGGUACAGUAUCUGGGGCACUGCACACAGGUUACGAUGGACCUGGUCAUCAUCAGCUCAUUACCCGAGCCGGCGCAAGACGAGAAUGGCAGUCUCGAGUGCCCAGUCGACCUCUGCUCGCAGCUUACCGAAGCGCAGACAGAGUCGAAGAAGUACCUGGAAUUAACACUCAUCCAUCUGGAUAGCAUGUGCCAGAUUUUGGAGGAGUGCUCUGAUUUCUGGUUGAUGUUGCACAAUGCAGAACUGAAGCUCCGAAAACUCGAGAAGGAGUCCAAAGCCUUCUGCGAGGAUCGGGGCACCGAGCCCCUUCUGAGUAUACACCGUUUGAGCGGAGGGAAAGCAGCUUUGCAAAGCUUCUGCGAGCACGUGCGGUCCUUCUGUGGCGUGUACUCCGGGAUCCCGACAACUAGCUCUGAACUGCCAAAGGUAGCCCGGGCUAACUACGGUUUCAGGGCUUAG